AUGGUUCGCCUUUAUAAUGCCCAUGUAAACCACCUAGAAUUUCAGUUCUCAGACCCAUUGUAUGUCACCAUUUCAGCAAUGGAAAGCGAAUCCCAGAAAAAGAAUGAGAAAGAAGCAAGAAGGAAAAAAAAGUUAAAAAAAAUAAAGGGUGCCCUACGUAAAUUGGCAACAAUUCGUGCUUUUUCUUCUAUCCCUAAGCCAGUAGAGGUCACUUCUAGCACUUAUUGCCCCUUACUCCGAGCACGAUGGACAAUGAAUAAGAAAAUGCAAGACUUAGAUGUUUUGUGUAACAUGGAGUUUACAGAUGACUUCCAAAUGUUUUUUGAACCCUUGCUGGAAACAGUCCCAAACAUUGGGCCACCAGCUGUUCUGGCAUAUAAACCAGAGCCUCCUCCACAUGAUGUGAUAUUUGAGUGGGAAACGGAGUUCCCUGCACGUUGUGAGUUUUGUGGGCGUGAACUGGGAUCAUUUCCUUACCUGGAUAAUGUUGAUUUUGACUCUGAAAGCUCUGCGGAUCUCUUUUGUUGUCUUGAGUUCAAGAGGUUGUUUGAAUAUGUUAUCCAAGAAAGAGAAGUCUUGAAAACAAUGCAACCACCAUUAGAGUUAAUCCCCAUUGGCCCUCACCCAGCCUUUGGCACUGAGCAAGAAAGAAUCAGGGCAAAAGAAAAGGCCUUUCGGAGACAUCAAGAGAGGCAGGUGGCCAAAACCUUUGCAUUCAUGACAGUUGAGCCUGAAGAAGUUAAUGUAAAGCAGGUUAGGACAAUAAAUUACCACCUUUCCCGGGACCCCACAGCAAGAAAGAAAAUUACAGAAGACUUUGUUCAAACACUGGAAGAUCGAUGUGUUUUGACUAUUGAUUGUGAUAAUAUUUGGACAUUACCUGGCAUACGGAAAGUAGAGAAGGAAUUCCUUAAAAAGAACUACAAAAAUGGAAAAAGGUUCCUGACCAGGUUUCCAGAUGGCACAGCCCAAAUAUUCUACCCUUCGGGAAACUUAGCAGCAAUCGUUGUGAACAACAAGGUAAAAGGUUUCACUUGUAUAAUCCGAGAUGAUGCAAGCGAAAAACCUGCAAUUAGGGCAAUAUUUAAUUCCAACGGCACAGUUACCUGCUACUAUCCCAACGGAACCAUCUGGUGGCCCCCAGCAUGGCUGGUGGUUCUGACAGCCAGAGCUCCCAUGGAGCCUUGGUGGAAUGUCACCAGCUGGAAGUUUGUCUAG